AUUAAAACUUCAACUUGUGCAGUUUUUGAUGUAACUAAAAUGUCCCUUUUUUGUGUCAUUUUUUUCAUUUUUUUAACAUUGGAUUUUUCAAUCGGUUGCAAUACAAAUUUAUGUCCGAUUGCCCGUAAAUUGCAAUCUGAAAAACCUGUCACAAAACCUCUUUCUGCUACUUGUAAUAAUGGAAAAGGUGAAAAAAUUGCAAUAGGAAUCGAGACUAUCAACAUUUGUUAUGGCACCUCAUUUACAAAAAAAAUUAUUGUAUGUGUGAAAAAUACAAUGCCACUACAGAAAACUUACUGGGCAAAACACAAAAUUGAAAAAGAGUAUAAAUCAUGCCCAGAGAAGGCUUCAAAACCGUCGUGGAAAACUGAUAAUCUUCAAGGAGAUGUCGACCUUUUUUAUAAAACGAUUCGAAAUUAUGAAGGAGAGACUUAUGAUAAGGGUCAUCUCGCUCCUAGGUGCGAUUUCAACACAGAAAUUGACCGAAGUAUGACCUUUUUUUAUAUAAAUGCAGCACCGCAAUGGUCAUCAUUCAAUAAGGGAAUUUGGAGGAAUUUAGAACAAGGUGUGAGAGACCAAACAACCCCAGAUCCACCACAAUAUGUUAUUACAGGAACUGUCGGUUCUAGAAAUUUGAAUUCUUCGCACAAUUUAAUAAAUAUUCCUAAAUAUUUUUAUAAAAUCGUACUUCCUGAGCCCGUGGUUUAUAUUGGGUUUAAUUAUAACAACACAAGUGAAGAGAGAUUGUGUCAACCGCUUAAUUUCUGUAAAUUCUUGCAAGUCCAAAAUAAAAAAAUCUAUUGUUGCAAGUUGAAUGACGACCUUAUGGGGAAACUAGGAUUAGAAGAAAAAGAUUUGACUAAAGACCUUAACUAACAACUAAAACCACAUAAUAAAAAAAAGUAUUUG